CUCGGGACUGAAGUGCGCACGCGCGGCAGGCAGCGUGUCAUGGCGUCAUCAUCGUGCGACUUAUUUCCCGGAGACACGCGUCCACGGUAUUGAGUUGGUCACAAUGGCAGGUGAAGAAAUGAAUGAAGAUUAUCCUGUAGAAAUUCACGAGUCUUUAACAGCCCUGGAGAGCUCCCUGGGUGCUGUGGACGACAUGCUGAAGACCAUGAUGGCUGUUUCUAGAAACGAGUUGUUGCAGAAGUUGGACCCGUUGGAACAGGCAAAGGUGGAUUUAGUUUCUGCAUACACCUUAAAUUCAAUGUUUUGGGUUUAUUUGGCAACUCAAGGAGUUAAUCCCAAAGAGCAUCCAGUGAAGCAGGAAUUGGAAAGAAUCAGAGUCUACAUGAACAGAGUUAAAGAAAUAACAGACAAGAAGAAGGCUGCCAAGCUGGACAGAGGUGCUGCUUCGAGAUUUGUCAAAAACGCACUCUGGGAACCCAAAGCAAAAAGCACACCAAAAGUGGCUAAUAAAGGGAAAAGCAAGCACUAAUCUUUUGGUUUUGAUGUACAUGGUUUCAAAAAGUACAUCCUUUUUAAUCAGUUUACAGUGCAGUUAUGUGGCCAUGCGGUGUUUAAAUGGAUCCCUUUGGAAUUCAUGUAUAAGUUUACACAUUACAUUUGUGAUACUGAAUCUUUUUUUUGCUGAGAAAGAUUAAGUUGUCUUUGUUGAUUUUCAUAUAAAGCAUCAUGAUGUGUUUAAUAUUGUAAGAUAUUCUAUAAGCAGUUGUGAAAUCCAAAUGUUCUUUGUAAACAUUUGUAGUGUUUGAAAUGAAUAAUGAUAUUAUGAAGUGUGCUAUCUGUAGACUGGAGCUGUAAGGACAUUUGUUUUCAGUAAUGAUGAGAAAUACAAUGACUUAAAUACCCACUCUGUUUUCUGUUCAGUUAGUUCAACAUGUUUCUGUGAUUUUUUUUUUUUUUGAGUAAUUGCUGUCUUGAUAUUCAAAGUGCAAAACUGAAACCUUGAGGCUGUACUCUAAUUCUUCAUGUUCCAUUUAAAAUAAAAUGUUCUCAUUAACGCUGAUGGAAAAUACGGUUGUAUGUCCUGACUGGCUUUGGCUUGAUUCCCUUUUAAUAAAUAUGGUAGCUGUGUAGCUCACGUGCUUCUUGCUGUCCACUGCGUGAGUGAACAUGCGCUCCAGAUGAGGCAGUGUGAGCAGCUCCACCCGGUAGAGAAGGCUUAUGAGUCCUGGCUCUCUGUUCUCUUGGUCUUGCUCUUAGAGUCUUUCUGACUAAGUAUUUCCUAAGCCAUGUGGGUGCUUUGAACCAUCUUCUUUAUUAAAUGCUGCCCCUCAGGCACAGGAGGAAUCACAUUAUAUUUACAUUCUAAUUUAUUUUUCCGGAGUGUUUGUUAUGAUGAAUUCCACUUAUUAAUGUCUGAGCUCACAUAACCUUGCUUCUCUAGGCCCACAUAGUCAUGUAUAGAUGUGCCAAGGAUAGCUAAGUUUUUGUUGUUGUUGUUGUUGUUGUUGUUGUUCUUGAGAAUUAGAGUUGUAGAAAUUGUCUGUGACUAACUUUUAAUAUAUGAAUUUCUUGAUUAGGUAGCGAAUAGUGGAACUGGUCUGAAGUUAUAAUGGACUUUGUAAGGCAUGCUAAAAUCUGAUUCAUAAAUAGUAAGUCAAUAGAUGCAGAAAGUCUCAGCUCUGAUAUCAGAUACUUUGUGAUGUGAAAGAACAUUUAUGAGCAUUUGUAGUUAUUUCACUCUUGGCCAUUUUAAUUCUCUGAUAAUAGUGAAAGUAACUUCAUUAGAGAAAUAAGUGCUUUAUGAAGAUAACUGUAGAAUGUAUUUUUAAUGUUAUUCAUUGCAAAGAAACUUGGGUCUUGUAUUUCUCUUUUUAAAUUUCAUAAAGAAAAGAGCUUUGAAUGGAAAUUUUCACAAUUGCAGAAAAUAAUUAACCAAGGUAUUUGUGAACACCCAGCCUAUGUCCCACUGAAUUGGAUAUCCUUAACGAUUUCUCUCAGCCUGCAUUUGUAGAAAUAAAAUAUUUUAAGUCUGU